AUGUGUAUAAAUGUUGAAAAUUUUAAGGAUUGGAAAUUUUACGAUAUUUAUAUAUCUAUUUUUGUUAUUAAUUACGAUGAGAAAACUUUCAAAUGGAAUUUGAAUGAAGACGCAAUGGCUACUGAAAAACUUUCUAAAGCCGCUGUGGUUCAUGAAGGAAUUGAAUUGUUUACUAGACCUUUUCAGGAGGUUGAAGUGUCUAACUAA